AUGACUAAUAUAUUUCAUGACAUGAUACACAGAGAGAUUGAGGUUUAUAUAGAUGAUGUAAUCAUAAAGUCAAAGAAGCAGUCCGACCAUGUCAAGGAUUUGAAAAAGUUUUUCCAAAGGCUCCGUAUGUAUAAUCUCAAGCUCAAUCCAACUAAAUGUGCAUUGGGUGUCCCAUCCGGGAAACUGCUAGGAUUCAUGGUCAGUCGACGCAGUAUUGAGUUGGAUCUGUCAAUGAUGAAGGCCAUCCAGGAGCUACCACCACCCAAGAAUAAAACUGAGGUGAUGAUCUUGCUUGGAAGGUUAAAUUACACCAGCAGGAUUCAUAAUGAGAUUACCGAUGCCCUGGCUAUUAUGGCUUCAAUGCUACAUCAUCCAGAUAAGGCUUAUGUUGACCCUGUGCAUAUCCAAGUCCGUGAUCAUCAUGCCUAUUGUAAUAUGGUUGAAGAGGAACUUGAUGAUAAACCUUGGUUCCAUGAUAUCAAGGAAUACAUCAAGUCCGGGGUAUAUCUGGUACAUGCCACAGGUGUUCAACAGAGAACCAUUCGACGUCUGGCUAGUGGUUUUUUCUUAAAUGGAGGAAUCUUGUACAGUAGGACUCCAGACCUAGGACUACUGAGGUACGUAGAUGCUAAGGAAGCUUCAACUAUCAUGAAUGAAAUACAUUCUUGA